AUGUUUUGGGUGUUGUGGGGUAAUUCCAACAGAUAUGGUGAAAGUUCUGUGGUGUACAUGGAAGGAAAUCUUGCUAAGAAUAUGUCAGAUAUGCUGAGGCACAUUCUCAAAACGCAAAUUUCACGGGAAAAUAAGGCUGGUCUGCUCUCAACUGUCAUCGUUACUUUCGUCAUCGGAAUGCAGUCCGACCUGGCAGACACUACCAGUGCCCUCUUGGUGCAGCUCAUAGCAAUCACUGUUAACGGGUCAAACCAGUCACUUGCAGCAAGCCUUUGCAAGACAGGAAGCAAUGGUAAACUCGCGCAGGAGGAUUACUUUCUAGAGAAACUUGUUCCGAAGAAGGUCUCGAAUUUCGUCCAUCCUUGUCAGCUGCGAUUCUGGUGUACGAUUGUCUAUGAAAGUGGAAUUUGCCAUGUACUCCAGGAUGUCAUUGUCAUGAAGAAAACCUCGAUGAGUUUCGUUGACAAGCUGAUAAAAUCGAUGGUUUGGGAGAAGGCGACCUCCACUAUUUUCAAGAAAGACGUAGAGAGAUGUGUCGGCACUAGCCGUGAAGAAAGACUAUCUCCUGAUCAUUAUUUCUAUCGCAUCGUCGAAGAGACUAUUCAAAAUGUCAUACAUUGCCUGACCGUCUUGCAUUAUAUGGUGAGGAGCACACUCGAAAAUUUCAACAAAGUUGUGGAGGAGCAAAGGAUUCAGGAGAUCACCUAA